AUGGUUAAGUUCCACGACACCCACGCUCACGGUGAUGUCCACAGCUACGACCACUCCACCGGUCUUAGCCACCACGACUCCCACAUCUCCAAGGCAGCUCACAUCUCAUCUGCCCACGAGUCAACCAAGUCCACCUUCACCAUCCCCUGCCACCACAUCCGCAUUGGUGACUUGGUGAUCCUCCAGCACCGCCCUUGCCAGAUCAUCCGUAUCACCACCUCUGCUCAGACCGGCCAGCACCGUUACCUCGGUGUUGACUUGUUCACCAAGCAACUUCACGAGGAGCCUUGUGUUGUCUCUCACCCAUCCCCCUCAGUGGUCCUCCACUCCCUUCUCGGACCCGUCUUCAAGCAGUACCGUCUCAUCGACAUCCGUGAUGACGGAAAGCUCGUCGCCAUGACCGAGACCGGUGAGAUCAAGCAGGGUCUCAAGGUCGUCGACCAGGGCCACCUCUGGGGACGCUUGAAGGAGGCUUUCGGUCACGGAUCUGGGUCCGUCCGUGUCUUGGUUAUCUCUGACCACGGCAAGGAGUUGGCCGUUGACUACAAGAUUGUUCACCUUGCCCACAAGUUGUAA